AUGUGUGCAGUGCACAAAGUCAAUAUGUGGGUGCCGCUGUUAUUGGUCAUCCCCGUGUCUCUGGCGCAGAUGUCAGUGCUUUACAUUAUCACCUUCAAAUCCCCGGAGUAUCUCUUUGCGUCUGGACGAUGGCUCCUGCCGGUCUCUGCAUCCAAGUCGUUGAACGCCAUGAAAGCCUUCGCCUCCAUCCUAAUGCUGGGACAGAUAGCAGAAGAGUUCUACGAAAUUGGUGAGUCUGCUAGCGUUCUUCGCCGGUGCCGUCUUGUCAAAACAUGGCGAUUUUACGCCUGCUGGCUGGUUGUUGCGAUGCAGUAUCUGCUCGCAAUGGCGGUGCUAGUGGCAUCUGAUCAUCUCAUCCUCAGCAGGGAGAAGCCAAUCGAGCCUUUGUGGAUCACUUACUACGUUUUCAUGACCCUGAAUUUCGACAACAUGCUCGUUCGCUUUAUCAGCUACGUGCAGACUCUGGAGCGGUCCCCAACUUGGAAGGUCGACGUGUAUGAACCUACAUCGCCCACCUCGACACAAGGCGCAAAAAGGUCUGACCACAUUCAGCGCUUGCUUCUGGUCUGGAUCCCGGUGUCUAUGGCAAUCAUGCUUCUGUUUGGCAAUCAGGUUUUCAACAAACUUCCGAUUACUGUGCUGCGCUUUGGAUGGGUGACGAACGACAAUCCCGUGGUUAUGAUGACACCUAGCAUGGGCCUUCCUCACAGCUGCUGCGCUGCGGAAGCUGUCUGGCACGGGAACUCCACUGUGUCCGAUGAUGUGGUUAGAUUCAGCGUGCCGUGCCUAUCCAGAGAUGCUCCUGAAGAUCACAAACCUGCGCCAGUCGUGUACUGGGUGGCAUGGCCGAGACGGAAAGGUACUCCCACAAGUCUACAGGUCCUGGAGGGUCGUGGAGCAGACGGAUCGCAUGGGAUGGUGUCAGGGCGGGCAACUGCGACUCCACUGCAGCUCACAUCAUGGUUGCACCGGAAUGGCUACCAAGCAGGUCAGGCACAAGAAGUCUUCGACGCACUGACCGAGCCCACAAAGGGAUUUGGGAUGUAUCGCCACACAUUCCCUUACGUGGCGGAGUUUGCGGUCAAGAACUGGCCAUGGAAAGAAAACGCGGCCAUCUAUGCCAUUGCCGUGAACAAGCAAUCAGGUGCCUUGAGCCCUGAGCCGGUGGCUUCCGACGUGCUCAUCCUAUUCAGUGGGAGAUGUGGGAUGGUGCACGAUGUGAGCCGUGUGGGGAAUCUUGUGUUCACUGCAAAAAACCUGGCGAAUGUGAACGAUGCCAGGAAGGUUUUGCGAUUGCCAAAGAUGGUUCCUGUGUUCCGUGCGGCGAUUUCUGCAAGAAGUGCGAGGUACGGAAGGAGGAAGGGUGCGAUGAUGGAGGAUGCCAAGCUGGAUACGGACUUCGGCAUCACGCCAUCUGGACAUUGCGCCAUGUGUGGAUCGGGUUGCGUGGAGUGUACCGUGGCGGGCAGCUGCGAAAAGUGUAAAGGAGGCUUCGUCCUCGUGAAUGGUGCUUGCCAAGCAUGUGGUGACAAGUGCGGGAAGUGCGAGACUUCUGGUCCGGGAUCCUGUGAUGACUUCGGAGCCAGAUCAGUGUUCCUUGUGCGCUUGAUUUGUGAUUCUGGCCCCGGAUGGCUUCAGGACUCUCUGGUCUGUCGGCCAUGCUCAGACCCAGAGUGCACGUCAUGCGACAGGGAGGGUCCUGGGAGCUGCGACGACGAGGUGCUGCAGUGA